CGGCGGCGUGUGGGCCUACGAGAAAGGUCUCAAAUCGGAACAAAAGUUCAAAAAAGAAUACCCACACUGCUCUUGAUUUGCCAAGGGCUUAAAGGCCGGAGCGGAGGAGCCCGGCCGGAAGGAGCGACGCCUGACGGCGGCGCCAGAUGUUCCGCAACAAGGUCCUCGUUCGCGCCGCCCCCUCCGCGCCGCCUCCGCCGUUCCUCCUCCGACAGGUCUCCUUCCCCGCCGCCGUCCCCGCGAUCGACCUCGACAUCCUCUGCUGCAGGCUCUCCCGCCGCCGUCGCCUCGCGUGCCUCCUCCAGCCCCCGUCCGACGUCCUCCUAGUCUACCAGAGAUGCCAGGCCUGCGCAGCAGCGGAGGCCGCGUCCGAGAUCGCGGCGGCGUUCGAGGGCGCCGCGGUUGGCGAGGAGGAGGAGGUGGUUUGUUCCGGUUCACUGGUUGCGAAGGCGGUCGAGUGCGGCCUGCGCUCCCUGAUGCUUGAGCAUGGAUGGAGGUGUCUUGGGGAGGGCGUGUAUGUCCAUUCGACAUUUGCUGCGACUGAGGAGAGAACUGAUCUAUGCGCGGUGAACGUGGAAGUCAAACUUGGGAGGAAUGAUGAUAUUGAAUUUUCUGUCUCACCAGAUGCACUUCGAUUUAUGACACAUAAGUUCUUUGAUUCUAUCAGCUCUGAUAAAGUGGAAACGUUCAAAAAUGGCAACAAAGUAAUUUUGGGUGAUUGUAACUUCCAAACAGCCUGUACAACUCUUCCAACACUUCAGGAAGGCCAUGUGAUUGGUUUUAGCAAGAUACUCCCUACAGGACAAUGCUUGGACAAGUUUAUGCAGCUUUGCUCACUUAAGCAUGGUUUAGAGGCAGACUACACUUAUCAUGAAGCUGUCAGAUUUGGUUAUGGAUCUUCCCUUGAAAUGUGGUUCCCUUGUUCAUUUGUUCUCCAAGGUUCAGGGCUUCAACCAGCCCCCAAAUCUUCUAGAGCAUCAAAGGCAAUGUCUGCCUUGCAAUCCUUUAUGGGAUUAUUGAGUGCUUGGAACUUCUUUGGCCAGAAUCAACUAGUAAUCAAGGAACAGUUGCUACUCAAUUCAACAGCAACUCUGCCUAGCUGGGAUAAGGCUAUAAUCAAUGCAAGGACUAAAAAUUCUGAAGGCCCUGGACAUACAAAUUUUGUCAUGAAUGAUCUAUCUUUGACUCUAGACUUUCGCACUCCAAAACCUGAUGUUCUAUGUUCUACAAGUGUCAAACUGUGGAAUACCAAAACUCAGGUGGCAACUCUAUCUUUUGACAUUGAUGGCACUGACAAUGGAAAAUGUUCCAUCAAUGACUGCCAAACACAACCUGUUGUUCGAACCAAUUUAUACAAGUCACAAGUUACAUUGUUGAAGCCAUCAUUUAGCAGAAGUAAAUCAGAAGAGAGACACAAGACGAAAAGUUCUUCAGAACAUUCUGAUGAUGAUAAUUCGGACAGAUUGAGACAUAUUUCUGUUACAAAUUCAGCACUGGUUUCUGGAAGUCAUAAAAGAAAGCAUGCAGAAUCUCCUGUUAGAAAUGGUCAAAAAGUAACUUUGAAAGUGCAUUUACAGGAUUACUCACAAAAGGAAAAUUUGGAUGCAAACAAGAAGAGUAAAGAUUGUAUACCACGAGUCCCAGGUGAAGCAAGAACAAUGCCAGGUGUCAAGACUGAUGUGCUUAGCACAAAGGUAAGAAAGCUGACAUCAAAGUGUGUAGUCAUCAAUGAUGAGAAAACUGCAGCAACAAAAACAAGAACUAAACAAAAGGUUUACAAAGAUGAGCUAACUGCAGUAACAAAACCAACGACAAAAACAGAAGAUGCCAAAGGCCAGUUCACUAAAACGGUGGUAGAUCAUCAGAAGGAUGAACUAGCUAAAAAGGCAACGAAGGCAAAAGCAAGAGCAGCAGCUAACAGCAUUGAGUUAUUAACUUUAAUGAACUCAAAAGCAAACUCUGAUGUAUCCAUAUCCAAUGAUGACAUAGUUAGAAAGGUGACAGAUCAUCAUAAGAGAGGCGAGUUGCGUUUGCUAACAGUUGCAGAUCUGAAAUGUUUCCUUAGUGCAAGAAAAGCGAAGGUUGGAGGGACAAAGGAAGUGCUUAUCAAAAGAGCCGCCGAGCUCCUUGGUUGACAUGAAGAAGAUUUGACCAUAGCUCUGUGGUGGAGAAUAUAUCUUCUUCCAAAGGCGUCGAUUUGGUCCGGUCCUAAUAACUAUGCUCGUAAUUGGCGUUGUGCUUGUGUCAUAGCACAAUUUCGUCGGUUGGGACCUUUUUUCUUUGCUUGGUCCAGUUGAGACUAAUUUGGUGCUUCCGUCGUAGCACCCUUUCGUCAGUUUGAGUUGUUUGCUUUGUAUCGUUGGGGACUUUUAUCGCUAGCUCGACUUCUCUAGUGUUUAUCUUCUCUCAGUCUUCAUGUAUUUCAGAUUAUUGUGUUCCCUAGAAUUCAUUUGUGCCUCCAUUCUUGGCCUCCUUUUGUUG